GUGCUACUCUCGCGAUAUUCUGGCACAUAGCGAUCAGUGGCACGACUUGGUCGAGAAAUUGGCUCUCACGAAUUUUCCCCAUCGAAGGGGUGAAUCCCGAAACCUUUAAGCAUGAAUAUUCAGGGAACUCCCACGCAUCCAACGAGCCGGCGGCGUUUGCUGGAAUCGGAAUCCACGCCCAAGUGUUAUCAGGCUAUUGAAAAAUGCAUCAAAACCACAGAUUCUAUGAAAGACAGUGGAAUAGGGACCACUUAUCUCACUGUAUCAUCCGGAUCCUCUUCGACUAACACCAGUCCAGAAUCGGAGAAAGAUGCUCUAAAUCAGAAUGGAAAGUCAACAAAGUCGCUAGAUGUUGCAGAAAUCGACGCAACGUCUACUCCAGCCACUGUGCGUACGCCUGCGCGCACCGACGAAGUCACCAUCUGCGACGUGGAAGGAGUUCGAUCACCACUAGAAAAUGGCCAGAAAUGUUUCUUUCUUGAGACAGACCAUUUCAGAGCUACACCUAUUACGGUUAGGAAACGCGAGGCAGUUGACAAGGUGCCAACCACGCCGGGCAAGUCGAGCGGACUGAGGAUCACUGCCUCGAAGAUAAUGACCGAGCCGACUGUAACUGAUGAUCAAACGGCGGUGGGAGAGGAGACACGACGCCGCCAACGACGAAUGCAUGACUGCAGUUUCUGUGGGAAACAAUUUGACCGACCAUCGUUGCUCAAGCGCCACACGCUAACCCACACAGGAGAACGACCCUUCGCUUGCCGGUUUUGCUCCAAGGGAUUCUCCACUCGAAGCGGGGUGAACACUCAUGAGCGAACACACACGGGUCAGCGGCCGUACGUGUGCACAACUUGUGGACGCCGCUUCGCUGCUGGCUCCAACCUUAUAUUUCACAAAUACACACACAGCAAUACCCGUCGGCAUCAAUGCGCCCAGUGCCCAAAGGCAUUCGUGACACCUGGUGAUUUGAGGAAACACGAAUACACACAUACGGACAAAUGGCCAUUCCGAUGCACGACAUGCGAUCGAGGGUUCGCUACAGAACGUAACCUCAGAUCACACGAAGUCACCCAUACAGGACAAAAGCCCUUUAAAUGCCCAGUUUGUUCGAAGACGUAUGCCCAAGAGAGUUCAAUGAAAACGCACCUCCGGACGCAUCAACGAUCACUAUCCGAGGAUGGAGAUAAUGGAAUGAGGGUGUCGCCCGCUGCCACGAAAUCUACACCUGAUGAUGAGACGGCUGAAACCCUGGUGAUGCCUCCACCGAGGGUUAACAGAGGAGAACAAAGACAAACGGGUCACUUACCACACAGUGCACCCACACAUCACUCGACAUUCAUCGUAUCUCAAAGGCUAUAUAGUGCGGAUACCAGUGGGACCCCGUGCGUGCUUAGCCCGGCCUCACGGGCAGCACCAUCUGCGUUUACAGUACCACCGCAGAGACAAACGAUGAGACAGAUAGCGACCCCUACCGAUGUGAGCCAAGAGAUACAAAGGUUCUACGAGCGGUAUAUGGCAUACUACGCAAUGUAUAUGGAUGCGCUAGUUGGUCAGACUAUGCAACAACCUCAGGAUCCGGCCGUUUGCACAAUGACUCGGCGGUCUAUUACGUACCCGACCGUAUUUUCGCCUUGGACCGAUGCAAGACAACAACCUGCUAGUUAUUUGGAACCCAGAGCGAGCGCCCAUGGCCAGGUAAGAGUUCCGCUCACGCCGCAACCAAUAGACUCCGCAGGUACGCCCCAAACGAGCUCUUGCCUCGAAAUAACAACCCCGUCCGCGUCCAAUGACGCAUGCAAUGAUCCACAACAAGCUCCCGAGAUCGAUCCUACUAUGCAACUAUACGCGCUGGAUUUUUCACUUAAGGGCAAAAAAGCAUGA